AUGGCUCCUAUCUCCUCGAUACUCGCCCCCUUCGCCGCCCUCGCUGGGUUGGUCGCCGCUCUGCCCAGCACGGGCUUCUCUGACUCUGGCAAGUCUACCGGCUUUCAGGUUUCAAACAUCAACGCCGCGAACAUCAUCCCGCAGAGCUAUAUCGUUGUUUACAACAGCAGCUUCGACUCUAAGAUCAUCGAUGACAGCCAAGCCACGGCCAUGGCCAAGGUUGCCAAGCGCAACUUGGGCAAGAGGUCACUUGACGGCCGUGACCUGUCAACAACAGCAACGAAGUGCCAAAUCGGAACCUGGAGGGGCUUGAUGCUUGAUGCCGAUGAUGACACUAUCCAGGAGAUCAUGGCGGACCCGGCAGUCCGCUAUGUCGAGGCCGACGCAGCGAUGCAAAUCACUGUCGUUGAGAGGGCUGCCGAGCAGCCUCCCCCAGCCGCACUCACGAGGAUGAAAGCGCUUGCCAGGCGCGCAGAGGCGACGGAGACCGGAGCUCCCAAUGGUCUUGCACGUCUCAGUCAGUCAGAGCCCAACCCUGGUACUUCGGGCACGUACAGGUUUGACGACUCCGCUGGCGAGGGCAUCACCGUCUACAUUGUCGACACCGGUAUCCGCACCACUCACACCGAGUUCGAAAACCGUGCCUCCUUUGCUGCCAACUUCAUCGACAAAGUGGACACCGACCAAAACGGCCACGGAUCGCACUGUGCCGGAACCAUUGGUGGCAAGACUUUCGGUGUUGCAAAGAAGGCUACCCUCGUUGGUGUCAAGGUUCUCGGUGCCGACGGCGGUGGUUCUAACCGUGGAGUCAUUCAGGGCAUGUCGUUCGUUGCUGAAGAUGUCACCAAGAAGAACCUUUCUCGCAAGGCCGUCAUGAACAUGUCUCUUGGUGGCAGCAAGUCUACCGCGGUCAACGAGGCCAUCAACUCUAUGAUCAAGGCCGGCGUUGUGCCCGUUGUUGCCGCUGGCAAUGAGAACGUUGACGCAGCCAACUCUAGCCCGGCUUCCGCUACUGGUGCCAUUACUGUCGGUGCUAUCGACCAGAAGACCGACAAAAGGGCUUCCUUCUCCAACUUCGGUGCGGUUGUCGACGUCUUCGCACCUGGUGUCAACGUACUGUCUGUUGACGCUAAGAGUGACACGGGAUCUAAGAUGCUUUCGGGUACCUCGAUGGCCUCGCCUCACGUCGCUGGUCUCGCCGCCUACCUGAUGGCUCUUGACCCUACUCUCACUGCAGGUGAUGGCGUUGAGACUGCUGCGACCAAGGUCGACGCUCGCAUCAAGCAGCUGGCUACAGCUAUGGGUGCUAAGGUUAGCAACCCUGGUGCCUCGACCACAACUCUGAUCGCCAACAAUGGCAAGACCAGCGGUGCCGGUAACGGCACUGCCAACGCUGUUGACAACGCUGCUGGCAAUGGCAACUCUACCUCCCGCCAGAAGAAAAAGACCCAGAGGCUUGCAUCAUCCCAAAGGGUUGCAUCAUCCAAAAGCCAGCAAAGGCAGAGGCAACAAUAG